AUACUUUUUGCAUUAUUACUCAAUUCCUUAGAGGCGGGGUUUUGCAAAAGAAAAAAGAAAAAAGUUUCAAUUCGCUAGCCCCGAUUUAGCAAAGCUAAUCAGAAAGCUAAGCCUGGUCCUUUUAUCAUCAGGAGGUAGAAUCUUUAUCUUCUUAUUAUCUGCACCAGACUCAUAACUGGGCUUUAGUAUUGUUUUGGAGGGGUUCAUGCUUUUCAGCGCUUCAUGUUCUGGCUUUUUGGAAUAAUUCACAAGAAAACUGAGUGAUUUGGCAGUCGGAGAAGGCAAACCUGGGAGAAGGUCCCAGACCCUCAGUAAGGCUUGAAUAACAUUGUGAUGGAGGUUGAACAGAAGGAUGACUCUAGCAACACUCUGGCCAAUGGAAAUGCCAGUUCAGGCAAACGUGGCAGGGGCAGACCACGAGGGUCAGUUAAGAAAAAAAUCAUCUCCAUAAAAGAGGUAUCUCACAAUGCUAGGGCAUCCAAAAGAGUGGAUUUCUUUUCACCAGAGAUGGUAAUAAGGCCAAAAGUAAAAAAACGUGGUCGUCCAAAAAAAAUAAAAAUCCCAGGAAGACCAAGAAAGAUUCCUCUUACACCAGAGGAAGAAGCAGAGAGAAUUUUAAGGUUGAGCAAGAAACGGAAACUCUCGAAGCCUCUUGGGAGACCCCGCAUCCAUCCCCUUGUAGACCUGCCAAAGGAGAAAAGGGGAAGAGGUAGACCACGCAAAUAUGAAUCUAUGGCUUCACAAAAUGGAAGAGUUGGCAGGAACCUGAAAAGUGCAAAGAUCACUGAGGCUGGUGGAGACACUCCUCGAAGGAGGGGAAGGCCAAGCGGCUCAUUUAAGAAGAAACGGGGACGGCCAGCAGGUCCAUCUUCACUGAAAAGGCCACUCGAAGGGACUCCAGGAAAAAGGGGGCGACCUCCAGGCUCUGGAACUAAGCUCCAGGUCAAGCAAGAUGUGAAUGGAACUCCUCGAAAGAGGGGCAGACCCCCAGGCUCUGGAAGAAAGCUAAAGGUUAUUUCAGGUGAAGCAAACGGAACUCCUAAAAAGAGAGGACGGCCUCCAGGAUCUGGUACAAAGGUGAAGGUUGCAAAGCAGGUGAUGGAUGGAAUUCCCAAAAAGAGGGGACGUCCUCCAGGUUCUGGGACCAAGGCCAAAGGGCCACUUCAGGAGACGAAUGGAAGCCCUCGAAAGAGAGGCCGACCACCAGGAUCAGGAAAAGUCAAGACAAUUACAGAGCAGACUGAGCAGGUUCUGACUAACAGUGCCUUCUCUGUUAGUGCCCAGCCUCGUAAGAGGGGUCGUCCUAAAAAGUCUGAAACCUUUGUAGCCAUUCAAGCUGAAGAAGGAAUGAUUAAGGAAAAUGAUGAACCCUCACCCAAACGAUCCCGAAACUCCUUUGGCUCAACCAAGAAUUCAAAUAAGCCAGACGCUGAAGACCAAAAGUCCAGUGAGAAUGAUGGUUGCCACGUGGCCGCAAUGGUAGAAAAUCCUGUUCUGUCUGCUGGAGGUGCUGCAAAACCAGACAAUAUAGAGCAGGUCGGUGAGAAUGAGCUAAACGAUGCUUCGGUUGAGGAGGUUCAUGAGAGUAACAGCAAAAAGAGUUCAUCCUUGAGGGGAGCAGGUAAAUCCCAAAAAAAGAAGUAAAUCAUUGGGUAGAAUAGAGCACAAAUAUUUUUUGAAUGGGUUUUUACCAGAUUUCGUACAAAUUGUUUGACUUGUCCCGGAGGUUAGCAAUGCGGAUAUCUUCCUUUUUUCUGUUGCUCAGCUCUUGUGCUUUUGCAUGUCUUUUAAAGAAAUGUUUAUUUUGAUACUCUAUGGUACACCACCUUCAAAGAAAAUCCCCUUUGAAACAGACAUUUAUAAAUACAGAUGUUCAGCUGAAUUCAGAGACCAAAUGGAGGCAACUGAUCAUUUGCCCAACAGUCUGUCUGCAUGACUAGCUGCCUAAGCAAGUCUUAGUACGCUGAGCAUUUUUAUUAUUUAUACAAAUUUAUUAGGUGCAGAAAUAAGCUAUUUCAGGACUAUUCAGUAAUUCUGCAAUUUUUUUUUUCAAUCAGUGAGAAAAUCAGAUGGAACAUGAACUUCAUCUUAUGCUAGUCUGUAUUGGUGUAUGUUGGAAUUACACUUGGGGGGUGGGGAGCCUGAAAUUUCCACUAGGCUUAAUCCUCAAUGUUGAGGAAUGAUUGUUAGAGGUUGUAUUGGUGCAGGAUUUAUGAUGUUUUCUUUUUAAAUCUGAGUUUUAAUCAAAGCAUAUGUCAAGAAAAUGUUUCAAGCAGUUUAAUGGUCCCAUCACUGGAUGGCAAAACAUCAGACUAUUUUAGCUAGACAUCGCUGCAUCCUGAGCCUGUGCUGGCAUCCAUGUAAUCCACUCAACAGGUCUUACGUGACAUGUGUUGUAACCAUGGGUCCUUGAAUUUUUAUAUUAAAAAAAGCAGGAAUUGAAAAUGUUAAAUUUUGAUAUGCAUGAAAUACAUAUCAUAAAAGGCCUAAAUUCUCUUUGGCAGUAUACCAGUUACCAAAAAAAACCCAUGACCCUGGAGUUUGUUGCAAAACUUGAGAGCCAUUUUAGACAGGAUACACGCCUUCACACGAGCUGUAGACUGAAGAGCAUUGAAGAAGGAGGCUGAUUUGAUCUUUUGUGUUCCUUGUAAUCAGUAAGCAGUUGUAAAAUGCUCAACUGCACAAUGAGUUGAAUGACAGAUGAUUGAAUUUCAGAUCUUUUUAAUAGUGUAUUAAGAACAUUGGCUAUAUAGAUAGCAUAGCUCCAUGAUCAUUGUUUUUAUGCAUAAUAGUAUACACCUUUCCAGAAACGUGUAUGCUGUUAAGUACUAUUACUAUCCAAAAUUGGCAAAAGUUAUGCUUCAUAUUAGGAAUAUUACCUACUGCUUUUUAAAAAUGGGUUUGCCAACAUUAAAAAGUGGUUUUGCUCAAGUGAGUGUCUGACUGUUUUCCCAUACUCCCCUUAUCAUGUGACAUGUACAGUUCCAUUCAAAGUUGGUAUUAUGAUUGCUUAAUUUGACUCAUUUCUGUGUGUAAAAGUAUUCUUAUUUUUUUAAAUGGAAUUUCCAUUUGUUUAGAAAGUAACAUUGUUAUUAUUUCUGUUAUAAAGCAGUAGUUGAAUGUCCAUGUGAUGUUUUCCUUUCAUGAUUGUGAAGACUUUUUUUAAAAAAAUUCUGCUUAAUGAGUUUUCAGGGCGUAAACUAAACAAACAGAAGCUGUAGUUAUUAGAAACGUGUAGAAUUUCAUUUUAUGGCAUUUUGACACAUGAAACCAUAGUGAUUUUUUUUUAAAUGACUAACCAUGUGAACAGAAAUAUUUAUAUGUAAAUCUAGUUGUUUAUGUUGCUGAUGUUCUGGUUCUGUUUGUCAGAUUGUACCUGUUGACCUUUCUCUCCAAAUUCUUCACAAAUAUUCUGUGACUUUCCAAAAAGGCAGCCAUGGGAAUAAUUUUCAAUUAGCUAUGUGAUUAUGUACUGUAUUACAAGUUUGUUGUAUAAUUAAAAAAAUUCCAUACUUGCUA